ACAACGUUUAGCUUGAAACUCCGCCUCAUGUAGGCCCUGGACUGGAGAACUUCCUUCUUGCAGUGCCAAAACUGUACGAGAUUGAGGAAACCCAUUUGCUGCCUGCCUGCCUCAACUCACAGAACUUGUCUUGUCUUCAACUCUUUUCUUGGUGGUAUGAAGGAUUUUAGAAUGACUUUUGUUUUGUGCGCAUAAUGCUGAGGGUCAGGGAGUGCUUGGAAAUGUUGUUCAGAACAAUGUGGAAACCGAACAGUGGGAAUAAUGUGGGGUUCUCAAGCCUGAUGAGGAGAUAUAUAUCAGUUUCAGGCAGAUCUGUAUUGGAUGUGGCAGCAAAAGAUGGGGAGUUGAGAGUCUUCAUAGUUUCGGGAGAGGUUUCUGGGGAUUCCAUUGGUUCCCGUCUCAUGGUAUCUUUAAAGAAGCUCUGUCCACUUCCUAUCCGUUUUUCUGGUGUGGGAGGGUCCAUGAUGUCAAGGCAAGGAUUAAUAUCCCUUUUUCCUAUGGAGGAUAUUGCAGUGAUGGGAAUAUGGGAGUUGUUGCCACAUCUUAAUAAAUUCAGACUGAGGCUGAAGGAAACGAUGGAGGCUGCUUUUCUGUUUCAACCUCAUGUUGUUGUAACAGUGGACUCAAAGGGGUUCUCAUUUCGUCUCCUAAAGAAGUUGCGGGCUAAUUACAGUCAGCAAGGAUUGGAUGGUCCUGUACACUUCCAUUAUGUAGCACCAUCAUUCUGGGCAUGGAAAGGGGGUGAAGCAAGACUCAAAGGCCUAGCUGAAUUUGUGGAUCAAGUAUUGUGCAUACUUCCAAAUGAGGAAGAAGUUUGCAAAUCAAAUGGCUUGGCUGCAACCUUUGUGGGCCACCCCAUUCUGGAGGAUCUUUUGGAGUUGAAUUUGGGAAAGGAUAACUCACCACAUGAAUGGAAGGUAGAAGGAGAUUUUGAAGAUUUCAGAAGUAAAAAUGGCAUACCUGCAGAAGCCACAGUCAUUAGCUUGCUUCCUGGAAGCAGAUUACAAGAGGUCACAGAAAUGCUUCCUAUCUUUUCAAACACGAUGGAAUUACUAAAAGAUUCCUUUCCUGAGUUGAUGUCAGUGAUCCACAUUGCUCCGAAUCAGCAUGUAGAGAAGUACAUCACUGGAAUUGUUCAUAAUUGGCCUGUUCCUGCUAUAUUAAUUCCAGGAGGAUUACCUCACCUAAAAUAUGAUGCAUUUAGUGCGAGUAGGGCUGCUUUAUGUACUUCUGGUACAGUUGCUUUGGAGAUGCAGCUUGCACGCUUGCCUUGUGUUGUUGCUUAUCAAGCCCAUCUUCUAACUGAAUGGUUUAUUCGUUAUAAAGCAAAGAUAUCUUACAUUUCCCUCCCCAAUAUUCUCUUGGAUUCUGCAAUUAUUCCUGAAGCUCUCUUCCAAGCAUGCACACCUUCAAAGCUCGCCUCAUUGCUCAUGGAGUUGAUACACAAUGAAAGCCUACGAGAACAACAGAUUGUUGCUGCUGAAAAGGUCACCCGGCUUCUUUACCCUACAGAAAGAAAUAUAAAGAGCUUUUUACAGCGGGAUUUUACCGAUUUCACACCAAGCAUAAUAGCAGCAUCCACCAUAUUAUACUACGCUAAGCAUUGAUGACUGCUCAAUAUAUAUUUACUGAAAAAUAUUGCCCAAAUGUUUUACAUCAUAUAGUUAAUAUAUCUUGUUGGCUCCAAAGAUCGAAGGUAGGGAAUUUCGUGAUCAUUCUUUUUAUUGUGGACAAAUAUACCACGUUUUUUGUUA